GGGGUUCGGCAACAAGAAUUUCAAUUCAAUCAGUUUCGACCCCUCAUAAUCUCUCAUGGCUAUUUAGAGAGAGAAAUAGAGAGAUUUGUUGAAGACCCACGUUGGUGAUUCUUCAAUUCAAUCAAAAUGGUAGCCAAAACCCCACCAAAGCAAAAGAAAAUGGUAGCAGCAGCAGCAGCAGCCACUCUCAACCCAGUUCAAGUGAGAGAAACGCUCAAGAAGGUGGAAAUGUGCAUGAGAAGGCUACAAGAACUGCAAUUCACAGUAACAGGAGGGAACAAAGUGAUAUCAGGGGUGAGCCUCAGCCCACGUAGUACCAGAGGCUAUCUUAAGACAAGCCUCAGAUGUAAACAGGAAUCUUUGAGGAUCAAAAAUGGUGGUGGAGGCAGGAAAUCUCCUGUGGGGAAGUUUCCAGCUAAUGCAGGAGGAGGGGAGUGGAAGAGGAUGUCUUUACCAGCAAUGCUUGUAGGUGAAACCAUUGGAGAAAUACUGACUGCUAGCAAAUUUGCAAGAGAGAUGGUUGAAGCUGUUACCAUCGACACCAAAAGCACGUCGAUGGAUGACCCAAAAACUCCAUUGACACGACAAAGAAACCGAAGACCAAACCUGGAAGAUUCAGAACUAAGAGCAAGAAGGAAAAGAGAGAAGCAAGAGAAGUUACAAUCCAAACGAACUGAAUCACAUUCUCCGUCACUUCAACGAGUUCGGUCCCGGAUCAAUUUCAAGGUUGUUUCACCUCCGACCAAAAGAGAUGUUGUCGAUAAAGAGAAUGCGCGGUAUCUAGCAAACCGAGUGUCACCUAGGAACAGCAGGCCAUGGACGAAAAAGACCAUACUUUUUCCAAAUCCUAUAUUCCUAUCAUCAUCAGAUAACUCCCAACAACCAAAGUUUUGCAGAACAAAGUCUCCAGUCAUCACAAAAACUAGACAGCAAACAACUCCACAUAAGUUCUUGAUCAAGUCUCCAGCGUCAGCUUCAAAGUUUCAGGUGAAGAUUAGGAGCCCGCCGGUGGUGAUCACACGGUCGCCAACAAAACCAGUACUCUCGAGUAAGCAGUCUCCUCCAAAGGGAUCCACUGCCUCCAAGCUGCGUCGGUCAUUUUCACCGUCAAGGCUGUUAACUUCGAAGCUGAGGCAACCAUUCUCGCCUGCAAGACUUACAGGUUCGAAGCUGAGGCAAUCUUUCUCACCUUCAAGACUGGCUGCUAGGUUGGUGUCUCCCCUGAAAAGCAGAAAAAGUGUACAGAAAUAUGAUGGGAACACUAAUCUGAGUGGACUGAAACAGAGACCAACCAAUAUAAUACAGAUGAGAAUUUGAAAGAAGUUGCUCUAAAUUAUUCUUUCUUUGAUAUUUUCUCAAUGUCCAUAGUGUGUUUCUUGUGUUCUUCCUUCAUUCCAUCACAUUGUAUCAGCCUGUGAAAAUCAAUAAAGAAAGUUUCGGUUAACUUCAAGAACAGAUGAGACCCAUUUACAAAAUAUGAAGUAAAAGUACUAUCAAACAACAUUUUGUUUGAUAUUUUCUCAA